UAGUAUCUACUGACUAGAGAUGAUAACAUUUUAUUAUUUAUCAACAUAACCUAAAUGAACAUUUUUUUAUGUUGCUGUCGGUGUCGUUUAACGUUUUAUGUUGAAUUGAUUGCUUGUAUUUAAAUAAAGAAAAUAAGACGAGAUCCCUCAACUACUAUGGAUGAUUUUGGCGCCGAUUUGUUUGAUGAGUUUGAAAAGCCGACUGUCAGCUCGGUGACUCCAUUAGCAAGCAAAGCAAUUAAUGGAAAUCAACAGGAUUCUAUAGAUAAUUCUACUAAAAGACCUUUGCAACUUUCUGAUGACGAAGAAGACAAUUUAAAGAAGCCUAAAAAUCCAGACGAUCUUUUCUUUUCACAAAACUUUGAAUCAUCAGUCCCUAGAAUAAAAAUUUUUGCUGUAGAAGCUCUAGAUGGGGAAUCAUGCAUUCACGAAAUAGCAAUUCCUCCACAUUUUGAUUAUGUACCAUUAGAUCGAAAAACCACUAAGACUCCAGCUAAAGUAUAUGAAUUUGAAUUGGACCCCUUCCAAAAAGAAGCAAUUUCUUGCAUUGAAGGAAACCAAACUGUACUUGUAUCAGCACAUACUUCAGCUGGUAAAACUGUUGUAGCUGAAUACAGUAUAGCUUUGUCAUUGAGAGAAUCUAAACGUGUUAUUUAUACUACUCCUAUUAAAGCUCUUAGUAAUCAAAAAUACAGAGAAUUUCAUGAAGAGUUUGCAGAUGUUGGUUUGAUUACUGGCGAUGUUACAAUUAACCCAACAGCGAGUUGUUUAAUUAUGACUACUGAAAUUCUUCGUUGCAUGUUAUACCGAGGGUCAGAAGUUUUAAAGGAAGUAGGAUGGGUAAUUUUUGACGAAAUCCAUUACAUGCGUGACAAGGAACGUGGUUAUGUUUGGGAAGAAACAUUGAUUUUAUUACCAGACAAUGUACGUAUGGUUUUUUUGUCAGCUACGAUACCAAAUGCCAGACAAUUUGCCGAAUGGGUAGCUCAUUUGCAUAAUCAACCAUGCCAUGUCGUCUACACAGAGUACAGACCUACUCCUUUGCAACAUUACAUUUAUCCAACUGGGGGAGAUGGCUUGCAUCUUAUUGUCGAUGAGCACAAUAAAUUCCGUGAAGACAAUUUUGCAAUGGCUAUGAAUGUUUUAUCAGCUAAUACGCAACCAAUAAAAAACUACGGACAACAAAAUAGACCAACCGUGAAUAAUCCAGAAAAUGAAUCUCACUGUUUUAAAUUAGUGAGAACAAUUAUGGAGCGUAGUUUUGCACCAGUAAUUGUUUUCUCGUUUAGUAAAAAAGACUGUGAGUUAUAUGCAAUGCAAAUGGCCAAAUUAGAUUUUACAUCAGAUGUCGAAAAAGGAUUAAUUGAUAAAUUGUUUGAAAAUGCAACUAAAGUAUUAAGUGAAGAUGAUCGUAAGUUACCAGCAGUUAUAAAUAUUGUGCCUUUAAUAAGACGAGGAAUUGGUAUUCAUCAUGGAGGUCUUUUACCUAUAUUAAAAGAAACCAUUGAAAUCCUGUUUGGUGAAGGAUUAUUAAAAUGUCUUUUUGCUACUGAAACAUUUGCUAUGGGCUUAAACAUGCCUGCUAGAACAGUGUUAUUUACGGCUUGUCGCAAGUUUGAUGGAAAAGAAAGACGAUUUAUAACAUCAGGAGAGUACAUACAGAUGUCUGGUAGAGCAGGAAGACGAGGUUUGGAUGAUAAAGGAAUAGUUAUGUUAAUAAUUGAUGAAAAAGUCAGUCCAGACACUGUUAGGAAUAUUAUUCAAGGGAAGCCUGAUCCUAUAAAUUCAGCAUUUCACUUAACUUAUAAUAUGGUAUUAAAUCUAAUGCGUGUAGAAGAAAUCAACCCUGAGUAUAUGUUGGAAAGAAGUUUUUUUCAAUUUCAGAAUCAGGCAUCUAUACCAGAGCUAACAGAAAAAGUGAAAGAGUUAUCAGAUAAAAAGAAAACUAUAGCUAUUCAAAAUGAAUUUGAUGUCAGAUCAUAUUACUUAAUACGUCAACAACUUGAUUUAUUAGCAGAUCAGUAUCAUAAGCUUUUUACAAAUCCAACACACCUUAUACCUUUUUGUAAUCCAGGCAGACUUGUUAAGAUUAAAAAGAAUGACUUAGAGUUUGAUUGGGGUGUAAUUUUAAAUUAUAAAACUGUAACAAAAAGCAAACAUGAAGGUGGUGGUAUAGCUGAAGCAAUUAUUAGCGUACUUUUAAAUUUAGAAAAUUCUAUUGAGAAAGACGAAGAAAACCCUAUACCUUGCCCACCGGGAAAACAAGGAGAACCUGAAGUUGUUCUCAUUAAGCAUCAUAUGAUACAAGAUUUAAGUUCAUUGCGAUUAAACAAUUUACCAAAUGAUUUAAGAUCCCGUGAUUCAAGAAUGUCUCUGUACAAUAAUGUCAAAGAAGUACUUCAAAGGUGCCAGACUGAUGUGCCUGUGUUAGAUCCUCUCAGUGAUAUGAAAAUAAAAGAUCCAGAAUUUGAUAAGAUAGUAGAACAGAUUGAAAAAUUUGAGGGUAGAUUGUUUGCACAUCCAUUACACGAUAAUGAAAAUAUUGAUGAACUCUAUGCCCAAUAUUCAGAAAAAGACAAAAUAGACAAAGAGCUCCUGAAUGCUAAAUCAGAAUUAAAGAAGGCAAUGUCAUUGAUGCAAAUGGAUGAUCUCAAAUGCCGUAAACGUAUCCUAAAGCGUAUGGGUUAUUGUACUGCUGCUGAAGUAAUUGAAACUAAAGGAAGAAUAGCAUGUGAACUUAGCAGUGCUGAUGAGUUAUUAAUGACAGAAUUAGUGUUCAAUGGUGUAUUUAAUGAGUUAUCAGUACCUCAAUCAGUUGCAUUACUUAGUUGUUUUGUUUGUGAUGAAAAAAGUAAUGAAAUCCCAGCAAAAACUGCUGAACUUGCUGGGCCUCUAAAAAAAAUGCAGGAACUCGCUAGAAAAAUAGCUAAAGUUUGUAAAGAAGCCAAGUUAGAAAUCAAUGAAGAUGCUUAUGUAGAAGGUUUCAAACCAUUUUUGAUGGAUGUUUGUUAUGAGUGGUGUCGGGGUGCUUCAUUUUACCAAAUAUGUCAAAUGACUGAUAUAUUUGAAGGAAGUAUAAUCAGGGCGAUGAGACGAUUAGAAGAAAUAUUGAGACAGCUAAUUCAAGCAUCAAAAAGUAUUGGAAACACUGAUCUAGAAAUUAAGUUUAGUGAAGCUAUUAAAAAUGUUAAAAGAGAUAUUGUAUUUGCAGCCAGCCUCUACUUAUAAAUUAAAACGUAUUGUUUUAAAAACAGUAUAACUCUAGACCGGACAUUUUUAUUGGUCAAUACAUUUAUAAGCAACAUAAUGACUUACUGUUUUACAUUAAUGACUUAACAACACAAUAUCUUAGAUGUACAACCAUUUUUUAAAUUUUUAACUUG